GGCAGUGGUCCCCUCGCCCUCGCCAAAUUGAUCAUUUUCUUCAUUUAACUAUUGUUUUGCCCUUUGUCUUAGCGCUUUGCCACCGUUGCUCCCUUCGAGUGCAGGCUUCCGUGAUUAUAACGCUGGUGUGGUUCGAAUUUCGACUCCAUGUUUUUACGAUUUAAAUUCCUUAAUUCCUUCUCUCCAAUGUAGAAGCUUUUGGGAAAAGAGGACUUUGAUAAUUUGCUUAAUGAAAACAUUUACUAUUUGAUGUUUGUCGGUUAAAAUCAGAAAGAUUUGAUCGGAAGUAUCCUGUUUAUCACGGAAAUGUCAUGAAUCAGGACUGUACAUUCUGUUCUAACCUCUGAUACCUCUGGUAAAGUCAUACAUUAAUCCUACAUUUACACGCCAAUGUUUAUUAGAGGCGUUAGAAGGAAGAGGCGUUAAUUUCACUGAGGUGAAACUUUCAUGAGAGGGUUCAUAAUUAAAAAAAAACAGCCAACUUCUGAUAAGUUUUCUUUGAGGAACCUUUCGUGAUGGCAUGACUCUGCCUAGCGCAUGUCUAUUCCAGAUAAGAAGUAAGGAGAUUAGAGAUGUACGUCUUGUCUUCUGGAACAUGAUACAACAAAUACGUAGGCUCGUGGAAAUAUGUGCUUACGUAGGAUUGUCGCUGAUACCAAGAAGCAGUCAUUGGUCGUCACUGGCUGCAAUUUCAUGAUAAUAUUUGUUGAUUGCAUAACAUUUAUAGUUUUGAUAAAAAUCAUCUUCGAGCUCGACAUGAUAUUGGUAUGUUCAUCAUCUUUAAUUUUGGUCAUCAUCAUGAUCAUAAUAAUCAUCAUCAUCAGGCCCUAACGAUCUUCGCAAUAUGUCGCUUCAUGAUUGGUUCGAAUUAAUGACGUUGUGGUUGUGGGUUGUGAUAUAACUCGGGAUAAAUAAUCCUUGAAUCAUUACAGCUUCUGUGGUUGUCACUGUGUUACUUUUUUCAUUGAGCAACGAGAUGCUAAUCACCUUAAUAAGUAUGACACAUUGUCGGGCACCCCCGUGUUUUGUUGUUAGCAUCAUAACGGCACCCCCUGCUGUCCCUCUGUUUGCGUCACGUCUCAUUCAUUGGUUUACGCUCUCAAUCGCGUUGUGAAAUACGAUAGCGCAAUGUUUAUAGGCUAAGUAUAAAAGGUUUUUCCUGAAUAGGUCAAAUCAGUAGAACGCUAGUUGCCAUCCGACGCAGAUCAAAUCCAAAUAUUGAUUGAAGGAAACUUAUGAAUUAGGGCAACUAGGUAUAGAACAACCACGGAGAAAGUAAAUUUAUCUCCCAAUAGCCGUAGUAUUCAUUCAUCAUAGUUAAUGCCUCAGGCACCAGAACAUAUUUGACGACAAUCGGAGGAUUUCCAAUCAGAAACUUUGACUAGGGUCUUGAUGCCCUUAUUUAAAAAGUUGUUUCGGAUCGGUUCAAAGAGUGGGACCAUUUCUGGCGAAGUUCACGCUGCGAGGUACGUGGGUUUUGAUGACAGCUGCUCGGUUGUUGAGACAAAGAAGAAGGAACUAAAGGGUUCGUAAAAUUUGCAAAGCAAGCACUACUUUUGAUUGAAAAGUGGAAAAAGAAAGUGAAACAGCUAUCACCGAAUCUAAUUUCAUCGGCUUUUAUUCGGAGACUGAGUUGUGAAAUUUAGAAGAGUUACUUCUCGGAAGUAAGCUGUUGGGUUUUAGCGAGAGCAAGUCAUCUUGCGAGAGGAGCAAGUCAAGUUCGUCUCCAUUGGAAUUCAUAGUUCGCAGGGAUAGCCGCGAGGGUCACCGAAAUGGGAACACGCAAUCAUGGAUUUGUGAAGGAUGAGCUCGCUCGCAAAGGAGAUGUUCCAAUGCGGCCAGUGAUGAGUGCAUAUGCCAGGGAUACACCAUCUACAGAUUUGCCGCUAUCCUACUUACACGAAACUGAGGAACAUGCUUAUCUUGCGCCACGAGUUCUAGGAUACAAUACAGAUGAGGUGAUUUUAGAAUGCCAGAAAGAAAACUAUUACGAUGCACUUGGAAAAUACAGCGAAGAGCAUAAAGUUGAAGCGAUGAAACGACCAAAUCUUUGUUAUGAGUCAACUGUAGAACUCAGGAAAAAACCCAAAAUUAAGUCUGGGAAAAAGGGUAAGAGAGAAAAAUCUGGGGGUUGCUGUCUUGCCGUUUGUUUGGUGCUUGUUGGACUUUUGGCAGCAAGUGCUUUUGGAUUGGCAUUGCUGCAGUUUUUUGGGAUCCUGAAAUGCGCUGGCUCUAGCAAUUCACAAGGUGCUACCCAAGGAAGCACAGGGAAACAAUCGACCCAGUCUUAUGUCAAUGACACGAAACUAACAGCGAGGCUACAGCAGCUUGAGGCAAAUUUGACGUCACUCAAAAUGAAAUUUGUACCUCAGGAUGAUCAAGAAAUUGCCAGGAUAAAAAAUAUGACAGUGGCAAAUACCCAACUGAUUGCAAAUCUUUCAUCUGGCUUGGCAGCACUUGCUACAGACAAAGAUAGUCUAGAAACGAAGACAAAUCAGGACCUCAAGGCUGUCGAAAGUCGCCUAAACUCCUCAAUCACGGCUUUGCAGAAGCUUCUUCGGGAAGAGCAGGAAAAAGUUGCCAUUCUUAACACAACGGUGCAAGAAUUAAGCAGACUGCACAAAGGUCUACUAUCAAACAUGAAUGCAAUUAACCAAACGCUGGCUGCAGACGUUAGAAAACUGAGUGAGCAGCUGGAAACUCAAGGCAGCAAGCUAGCAAGCCUUAACUAUAGCAACACCAUGUCUGUCAGUAGUCUUCGUUCUAGCAUCGAGAACGAAGUAACUUUCAGACAAGGGAACGAUUCUGUUCUGCAAAGCUUGAUUUCAAAAAAUUCUGUGAUCACACAAGUUUCGAUUGCAAAUCUUUCAUCUGACCUGGCAGCACUUGCUACGAAGACAAAUCAGGACCUCAAGGCUCUCGAAAGUCGCCUUAACUCCUCAAUACGUAAUAUUAGUUUGACUCCUGGACCUGAGGGUGCAGCAGGCCGCAAUGGAUCUGGCAAUAUGUCAUUAUGCAUUGAGUCAAUGACUGAAAUUAGUACACUUGAAUCCACCAUUUUAUAUGCUGCCACCACAGCGCCAAAGGAAAAUAUAAUUGUUGGUGAAUUCUGCCAUGCGACAAUACCUGUUGGUGUCACCAUUGUCACCAUCUCACCACCUGAUGGGUCAAUUGGUAGGAGCUGCACCUGUAAUGCAGGCGCGAGCAUAAAGAGCUGGAAAUGUGUGAUACGCAUUUGGUCAUGUCCAAGGAUAAACUAAAUAAUAAAGAGGGUAAGGACAAUUUGUGCAGCUGAAUUCGGACACUCAAUUAUGUGUAUAUAAAGAAUAUAUUUUAAAGUUUUUAUAAAGUUGUAAAUUUAAUGACGAAAGGCGCUUUGCAGAGCGUUCCAGCUUAAUCUCUAUUUCUUUGUAAAUGUUUUAUGGCUUCAGUUUUUGGAUCAUUUUACAAAUUAAUCAAUUUUCAAUCAAUUUGUGUUUAGUAGCCGAUAUUUUGAAUCUAUUUUUAUAAAGAGCUAGGAGCGACUGAUAAUUAUUCGUGUGUGUAUCCCAGACAGAGAUUUGAGCGCAGUCGAACGAUAUAUCGCCUAAGCCAUCUUAUUGGUCAAUCAAUAAACAUGUGGGUUUUAUCAUGUGAGCAGCACAAGCCGCCCUAGAAAGAAAUAACUUACCUUUCAUGUGAUAAAUUUUAUAAUUUCUCUUCACUGCGCAUGUCUGCCCAAAAACAAUUACGCAAUCGUUUACUCUUGUAUCUUUCGAUUGCCUUUGAUGUUGUGCAAUUCUGACUCGAAAAUCGCAGAUAUAAACGCAAGGCUGUCUUAAGAACUGCAUCCAGCUCCCAUUAUGUCUAGAUAAAGUGCCAGAAUGUACAGAAAUAUUGAUCCACAAAGAGUUUAGCAAGUGGUACCUCGAAAUUCGAAGAUUGAUUAAUAUUUAAAAAACUUUAUAAU